AUGGACAAGAUGGCGGAUCAAUUUGAAUGGCCUUGGCAAUAUAAUUUCCCUCCAUUUUUCACUCUGCAGCCAAAUCAAGACACAAAAAGAAAGCAACUUGAUGCUUGGUGUGAUUUAGUGUUGCUGUACUACAAGCACAAGAAACUGUACAUGUUGGACAUAACAGAGGCCUCGARCAACGAACUGUUUUACAAUAAGAAAAUUGAAAGAAAGUUAUCAAAAGAUGCCAUUUUAGUAGUGCUUGAAGAGUUGAACAAAAGAGGUAAUAUUGAAUGGGAAGAUAAACGGCAACAACGAUGUCAUGUGAUGUGGAGAAAACCAGAAGAAUGGGCAUCUUUGAUAUAUCAAUGGAUUCAAGAUAAUAACAUGACAGAUACUGUUUGUACGCUAUAUGAACUGAUGUCUGGAGAUGACACAGUAAAGGAAGAAUUCCAUGGUAUAGAUCUUUGGAUGAUGAAGAAAUCAUUAUCUGUACUGGAAAGCAAAGGAAAAGCUCAAAUGUUUGAGGCUCCAGACUCUACAGAUGACAGUGGACUAGGAGUUAAGUUUUACAGCUAGAUAGRUACYAUUAUUGUUUUAUUAGAUGACCAARCUACAGAACUCGGGGUAAAACUAYGACACGYCAUUCCUUGACAGGYCUGAWAGGAUGUUCACUAAGUGCGCAAUUUCAGGAAAUUUUAUUGCUUUUUGAAAACGAAAAAUUGUGUCUGUAAGGUAAUUUGUCAUAACAAAAAAUUAAGAAUGCAUUAAUUUAUUGAUGAGGUACAAUAUGUUGUACUAUUUAGUAUAAAUGUAUAAUUAAGUACUACAAAUAUGUAGUAUAGAGUGCAAAUACUAAAACUAUGAAAAACUUGAUGAUAYAGAAAGUUGUACUGAAUUAUGUGAAUUUCUUUGUUUUCUAUCAUUUAAUCUAAAAAAUAUUGCUCUGUUGAGAGUGUUUUCAAUAUAUCCAUGGAUGAAAUGUUUGGAAAACAAAAUUAGGCAAAUUAGUGUAAAAUUCUUUGUCUUCUAUUGACAUUUAAUUAGUGYAAUUUUGUGCAAUUUYUUUWAAAAUGUUUCAYGGAUACAUUGAAGGCRCUCUAGCACUAUGUGGGUAGUAAUUUUUCAURCUUUUAGURUUGCACUAUUCCAGGUUAAARUUWUCCAUSCAUGCUUGAGAUCACACAAACUCAUGAACUCUUUAAUCUCUAGUCAUAUUCUUAAUUGUUAAUGUCAGAAAUAGCAUUUCAUCUUCAAAUUUGUCACGUUUAAAUUUUAAUGUGAUGUAUAUAGAUAUACCAAUACAAUUAGUCUUUUUGCAUAUGAAAAAUUGUGCUUCUUUUCUUUUGUGUAUAAAAUUAUUUCACUUUAUUGCAAUUUUAUUAGGGAAUGUCACAUCUCUUGUGUUCUCAUGUCAACAAAUAUAUCUAUAGAAAUCUAAUUGUAAGAAGCCGAAUAUGUUUUAAACUUUUUGUUAGUGUUACUGAGCUUAUUUUUCAUUCAAGGAAACUCGGACUGUCAACAUUA